CGUCCUUCCCCCUCCAUCAGCCUCGUUUGUCUUCUCCCCAUCACCCCCAUCUUCCCCGUCCACAUUUCCCUAUCUCAUCGUCCAUUCUCUCCCCUCACCUCCUCAACGGUCGCCUUCCCGCAUUACUAACAGGUUUUCGCCCCGCACCUUACGCGCGUUCUGUUCACCGGAGACGCUUAGACCAGCGCACCCCGCAUUUCCCCCACCCAUUACUAUGGUCGCAAUGGGCGAAUCAGUCGACAAGUAUCCCCCGACGAAGCUAGGAGAGUAUGUCGUUCUCGAAGACAUUGCGGAGGGAACGUUUGGACGGGUGAAGAUGGCUCGGCAUGUCAUCACGGGACACAAGGUCGCGAUGAAGUACAUCCCCAAGGAGGCUAUCAACAAGGACAAGAACAAGACGCGCGUCCGCAAGGAGUUUGAGUACAUGCGCGCCCUCCGACAUCCUCACAUCAUCAAGCUAUACGAAGUCAUCUCGACCCCAACGGACAUCAUCUUCGUCAUGGAGUACGCAGGGGGCGAGCUCUUCAACUACCUCAUCAACAACGGCCGAUUACCCCUCGAGCAGGCCCGGCACUUCUUCCAGCAAAUCAUUUCCGGCAUCGAAUACUCUCACCGCCUCAAAAUCGUCCAUCGAGACUUGAAGCCAGAGAACAUCUUGCUCGACGACGACUUGAACAUCAAGAUUGCCGACUUUGGUCUCUCCAACCAGAUCUCUGACGGCGACUUCCUCAGCACGAGUUGCGGCAGCCCGAACUAUGCUGCACCCGAGGUCAUCAUGGGGGCGGUGUACGCUGGGCCGGAGAUCGAUGUCUGGAGUGCAGGCGCUAUCCUGUAUGUCAUGUUGUGUGGUCGUCUGCCGUUCGAGGAGUCGGACAUGACCACGCUCUUCAACAAGAUAUGCCAGGGCAGCUACAGCAUCCCCUCCUUCGUUCCUCCCGAAGCCCGCAAUCUCAUCACGCAAAUGCUCACCGUCGACCCCGUCAAGCGCAUAUCUGUCCCCGAUAUCACCCAGCACCCCUUCUUCACUACCAACCUGCCGAAAUACCUCAUUCCCUUACCACCGCCACCGGGGCCUGUCCUUGGUACCCUCACCUCCCUCGUCACCCAACCCAAGACCCUUGACUUUGAGGUCAUCGAAGGUUUGGGGAGGAUAGAGGAGAACAUCGUCGACGAUCUGGCCUCGCGCAUGAUCGGCGUCGACAAGGAUGAUAUUUGGGAAGCCUUACGGCGAGACGACGGCAUCCAGGGCAAUGCGGUCAAGGUCGCGUAUCUGCUCCUACGAGACAAAGGCCGGAUGGGCAAAGACAUCGCGCAGUUCGAGGAGCCCCAACGAGAUGCUCAGCUGGCUGUCAUGGAUCCGCGCAACCUCCUAUCCCCCGCCGUCCUUAGUCCGAACGGCGGCGACGAGUCCAAUCCCUUCGAGUCCGAGUUCGGGACCUACGACGACGAAGAAGAGGACGAAGACGACCAGGACGACCUCGAGUCCCUCAUAUCGCCCGCCCCCGAACCCCACCCCGAUGUGAACAACUUCGCCGUCCUCAACUCCUCCCUCCCCCAGCCCCAGUCCGCCGCCUCCGAUCCACACUCUGCCUCCGAGCCGCACCACCUCCAGUCGUACAUGUCCGCGAAGCGCGCGGGCGCGGGCACGCGCGAGCGCGAGCGGCGGCACCGGACCAAGUGGCACUUCGGCAUCCGCAGCCGGAGCCCGCCGAUGGAGGUCAUGCUCGAGAUCUACCGCACGCUGAAGACGCUGGGGAUGGAGUGGAAGGAGAAGAAGUCGCUGGGCGGGCUCGGGGGCGUCCCGCCGCGCACCUCGUCCGGCCGUGCGGAGCUCUCGCGUGCGCCCGAGCUGGACGGCGUGGACCUGAAGGCGGCGGCGCAGGUGUACUUUGUGGAGACGCGGGCGAGGGUGGGGGAUGUGGUGGUGUUGAUGAACUUGCAGCUGUACAUGGUGGACUCGAUCAACUACCUGGUCGAUUUUCACCACAAGGGCUCGUAUCGGGCGAGCACGGCGGAGGGCGCGGGGAAGUUCGAUAUGGCGCCGGUGGGCGAGCACCACCAUGGGGAGGUGCGGCCGUGCACGAUGCUGGAUCGGAAGGACAAGGACCAGGGGGCGAAGGAGGACGAGGUGGUGUCGCCGUUUGUGUUUAUGGAUGUGGCGUGCCGGUUGAUCUUGGAGUUGGCGGGUGGAGGCGAGUAGAGGAAGGGAGGCGGCGAGCAAGGAUGGCGGGAAGCAGUGAGUGGAGUCAGCGGGAGGAGAGUGAGGAAGGGAUGAUCUAUACUGUAUCGUGUGCGACGGAUGCUCUGUAUUGCUUGCUUUCACAUUUGCUGUGUAUAUUAGCCCACUACAUCGAUUGACUGUGCUUUCCCGGUCAAUCGCUAUCAAACAAUACCAUUCAAGUUUGUAUCUGUUCUCGAGUUCGACGAAGGCGCGAUUUGU